AUGUUUGAUCUCAAGUGGGACGUUGUGGAUAUAGCUUUGAAUCUCGAGUCCAUGGCGUUGAAGUUCGAGGCAAGUUUGAUUUUCAGUGAUCCCGUAGUUGAUGGAUCAACGACGAAGGUUCUCUACGUCACUAGGAUGGUGAUUUUCCCUCAUCCUAGAAGGGGCACUGGAUGUUGUCUGUUGGGGUACAAGCACUGGGUGUUGUCUGUUGGGUGCUGUCCACUAGGCACAGGGGGUUGUCAAUUGGGCACAGGCACUUGGCGUUGUCCGCCGAACGUUAGACGUUGUUGGGCGCAAACGCAAGCACUGGGCGUGGAGGGGAGUUGGGCAUUGCUGGGCACGAACGUCGAGGCAUGUGCUUGCCUUAGCCUGGGUGACGCUAGACAAGUUCUACCUUUUGCCUGGGUGAUGCGAUGGGCACUGUUCUUGGCAUGGUCGACAAUGCUAGGGAGAGGGGCUCUACGACUGGAGAAAAUCAGUGAUGGCGACACUAGGCUCUGUGGCAAUCAAUUGAGCGUUUGA